AUGUCCGUGCAACCAACCACCAACAACAACACCAGCAAUGUGUCCAACAAGAUUUCUUUGGCAGCAGGAUGCUACUGGGGAACUGAAAAAUUCAUUGUCCGCGAUUUCCAAAAGAGACAUCCCAAUAGCAUUCAGUCUGCCCAAGUUGGCUUCAUGAAUCCAACACCCAUGAAGCGCAAGAGCCCCCCCACAUACCGUGAAGUCUGCAGUGGUGUAACAGGAUAUGUCGAGGUCUUGGAUGUGACACUGGCGGAUCCCUCCUUGAUGGAAGAACUGGUCCGCUUUUUCUUCAUGUUCCAUGAUCCCACCACCAAAAACCAACAAGGGAAUGAUAGGGGAACCCAGUAUGCAUCUGCCAUUUUCUGCUUGGAUGAUCAACAAAAGAGCAUUGCCUUGGCAGUCAAAGCAGAGCUGCAACAGGCAGUAUCCAGUGGAAGUGUCUCUUCCUAUCAUGGCAACACUGUUGAAACUGGCAUUUUGAUGUACACCGAGUUCCAUCCUGCUCAUGAAGCUCAUCAACAAUACCUAGCAAAGAAUCCUUCUGGAUACUGCAACCACUUCUUCCGCUUUCGUCAGUGGCCAAAUGUUGCCCUGGUUGAAUCUGUUUUUUCUGACCAAGAUGAUCACACUGUGGAGAAGAAACCAUUGGAACAAAAGAAGAAGAUGUGGAGUGUGAAGAAGCUGCUUCUUUCCCCCAGCAAGAAGGUCUUCAAAACUUCUACCCAAAUCUUUUCCCCGUGUAACCUGUUGCUUCUCACCGAGGUGAUGACACCAUGGAGAAGGAACCAUUGCAACCAAAGAAGAAAAGGUGGAGUGUGA